AGAGAGAGAGAGAGAGAGAGAGGACCCCCUCCUCCUUAACUAGCUGGUCAGCAGUGGAGGGAUUAGGAAAGCCAGCUCCGCUCACUCACCAUUAACAGACGGAGACGGAGGAGGAGGAGGAGGAGGGGGGUGAUUGCAAUAAGCGUGAAUCAUGCUCGUCGUCAUUACUACCGACUGGGAGUGGAGCCGGAACUGUGCAAGAUACGGAUAACAGCGAAGAAUUAGGUCCGUGUGGAUCCAGUCAAGUUUCCAAGUCUCCUCUCUCUGUCUGCCGUGAAAAUGCCUCACCGGGGGCUCUGCCACUGCUGCUGCCGCUGCCGACGCCGCCUGUGCCGCUGCUGCUGCUGCUCGGACCCGUCGCUUUACGCUGCCUCCCUCACAUGUGCUUUAUGUUGAAGAAGUGACCAGGAUAAAAAAAAAACUGUGAGGAGUUUUUAAGGACGACUGAGCAAAACUUAAAGGAUAUUUGUUCAUUUUUUUCUUUUUCUGCCGUGCGGAGAUUUUCUCGAGUGGACGUGGGGUGCGGGGGGGAAAAGUUGUACUUGUUGGUUAAAGAGGAAACAUGGGGAACGCAGGGAGCAUGGACCAUCACUCUGAUUUCAGAGGACACAACAUGCCUCUGAAACUGCCCAUGCCAGAGCCAAGUGAACUGGAGGAAAGAUUUGCAAUCGUUUUGAACUCGAUGAAUCUUCCCCCAGACAAAGCGCGACUGUUGCGGCAGUACGACAACGAGAAGAAGUGGGAACUCAUCUGUGAUCAGGAGCGAUUCCAAGUGAAAAACCCGCCUCACACAUACCUCCAAAAGCUGAGGAGUUAUCUAGACCCAGCAGUCACAAGAAAGAAAUUCAGGCGGAGGGUUCAGGAGUCCACCCAAGUCCUGAGAGAACUGGAAAUUUCGUUACGGACCAAUCAUAUAGGGUGGGUGAGAGAAUUCCUAAAUGAAGAGAACAAAGGCCUGGAUGUGCUGGUGGAGUAUCUUUCUUUUGCACAGUAUGCUGUCACGUUUGAUGGAGACUGUAUGGAGAAUAACCCGGAGGCUGCGAUGGAUAAGUCGAAGCCCUGGAGUCGCUCUAUAGAGGACCUGCAUGGAGGAAGCACCCUGCCAUCUCCCAUCACUGGGAAUGGCAUCACACGUGCUGGGCGACAUUCCACGUUACGUUGUAACACACUGCCCAGCCGGCGAACGCUGAAAAACUCCAGACUGGUCUGUAAGAAAGACGACGUCCACGUCUGCAUCAUGUGCCUGCGUGCUAUCAUGAACUACCAGUAUGGCUUCAACAUGGUCAUGUCACACCCACAUGCUGUGAAUGAAAUUGCACUAAGUCUCAACAAUAAAAACCCCAGAACUAAAGCUCUGGUCUUGGAGCUCCUGGCGGCAGUUUGUCUCGUGAGAGGAGGCCACGAAAUAAUUCUCUCCGCAUUCGACAACUUUAAGGAGGUAUGUAUGGAGACACAGCGGUUUGAGAAGCUAAUGGAGUAUUUCAAGAACGAGGACAACAACAUUGACUUCAUGGUGGCAUGCAUGCAGUUCAUCAACAUUGUUGUGCACUCAGUGGAGGACAUGAACUUCAGAGUUCAUCUACAGUACGACUUCACCAAACUGUGUCUGGACGACUACUUAGACAAACUAAAGCAUACAGAGAGCGAUAAGCUGCAGGUUCAGAUCCAGGCAUACUUGGAUAACGUCUUUGAUGUGGGCGCCCUCCUGGAGGAUGCAGAGACCAAAAACGCUGCCCUGGAGCGGGUGGAGGAGCUGGAGGAGAACAUGUCACACAUGACAGAGAAGCUGCAGGACAUGGAGAACGAGGCCAUGUCCAAGAUUGUGGAGCUGGAGAAGCAGCUGAUGCAAAGGAACAAGGAUCUUGAAUCCAUCAGGGAAGUCUACAAGGACACCAGCUCGCAGGUGCACUCGCUGCGGCAGAUGUUGAAGGAGAAGGAUGAGGCCAUCCAGCGACAGAGUAACCUGGAGAAGAAGAUCCACGAGCUGGAGAAGCAGGGAACCAUUAAGAUCCACAAGAAGGGCGAUGGUGACAUCUCCAUCCUGCCCUCGCCACCCACCGGCGUUGAGGGUGUGCCAGGUGCUGUGAUUGGAGGAGCUGUCGGUGUAAACCAUGUAGGAGUUGUAGCAGGCACACCUGCUCCACCUCCACCACCACCUCCGCCCCCUCCGCUGCCGGUGAACGGCACAUUGCCAAAUGGACCGUCAUCGGCCAUUCCGGCAGCGGUAGCAGCUCCACCACCUCCCCCACCGCCUCCCCCUCCGCCUCCCCCUCCACCCCCAGGACCAGCCUCAGGAAUUUCAGCCCCUCUGCCUCCUCCACCUCCUCCUAUGGCCCCCCCGCUGCCCGGCUGUGGGACACCUACUGUCAUCAUGAACUCUGGGUUAGCAGCUGUUAAGAUCAAGAAGCCCAUCAAGACGAAGUUCCGUAUGCCCGUCUUCAACUGGGUAGCCCUUAAACCAAACCAGAUCAAUGGGACCGUCUUCAAUGAGAUUGAUGACGAGAGGAUACUCGAGGACCUGAAUGUGGAUGAGUUCGAGGAGAUGUUUAAGACGAAAGCCCAGGGCCCGCCAAUUGACCUCACCAUGAGCAAGCAGAAGGUCAUCCAAAAGGGGCCCAACAAGGUGGCUCUGCUGGACUCCAACAGGGCAAAGAACCUGGCCAUCACCCUGAGGAAAGUGGGCAAGACACCUGAGGAGAUCUGCAAGGCCAUUCAGUUGUUCGACCUACGGACUCUGCCGGUGGACUUUGUGGAGUGUCUGAUGCGGUUCCAGCCCACAGAGAACGAGAUAAAAAUCCUGCGGCAGUUCGAAAAGGAGCGCAAACCGCUGGAAAGCCUUACGGAUGAGGACCGCUUCAUGAUGCAGUUCAGUAAGAUCGAGCGGCUCAUGCAGAAGAUGACCAUCAUGGCCUUCAUCGGCAACUUCUGUGAGAGCAUUCAGAUGCUCACACCGCAACUUCAUGCAGUCAUUGCAGCAUCAGUGUCCAUCAAGUCAUCACAGAAGCUAAAGAAAAUUCUAGAGAUUAUCUUGGCACUUGGAAACUACAUGAACAGCAGCAAAAGAGGAGCAGUGUACGGAUUCAAGCUGCAGAGUUUAGACUUGCUACUUGAUACCAAGUCGACAGACCGUAAGAUAACUUUGUUACACUACAUAGCCAAUGUGGUGAAGGAGAAAUACACACAAGUUUCUCUCUUCUACAAUGAGCUGCACUACGUGGAGAAAGCUGCAGCAGUCUCGCUGGAGAACGUCCUGCUAGACGUAAAGGAGCUGCAGAGAGGCAUGGAGCUGACCAAACGAGAGUACAGCAUGCACGGCCACAACACCAUGCUCAAAGACUUCAUCGCACACAAUGAAAACAAGCUGAAAAAGCUGCAGGAUGACGCCAAGAUUGCACAGGAUGCCUUCGACGAGGCAGUGAAAUUCUUCGGGGAAAACUCCAAAACCACGCCGCCGUCCGUCUUCUUCCCUGUGUUUGUGCGAUUUGUUAAGGCUUACAGGCAAGCAGAAGAGGACAACGAGCAAAAAAAGAGACAGGAGCAGAUUAUGAUGGAGAAACUUCUAGAACAAGAGGCCAUGAUGGAGGAAGACCAGAAGUCUCCGUCCCAUAAGAACAAGCGGCAGCAGCAAGAGCUGAUCCAGGAGCUCAGGAGGAAACAGGUGAAAGACAGCCGCCACGUCUACGAAGGCAAAGAUGGAGCAAUUGAGGACAUCAUCACUGUGCUGAAGACAGUGCCCUUUACCGCCCGCACAGCCAAGCGCGGCUCUCGGUUCUUCUGCGAGCCCGCCCUCAAUGAGGAGUACCAUUACUAAGCUUAUAGAACUCUCUCUCUUCUCAAAGGUUGCUGGAACAAAACGUCCUCAUCUUGAUGUCUUUCCUCUCCUCCCUCCUUUUGCAUGCCUCUUCACACUCCUUUUAAUCGUCACACUCCACUCUCACCCUUCGGACCUGUGCAUGUGCACUGAGCCCGAAUCUAAUGGUUUUUUUGUUUUUAUGGUUUGUAUGUGUACGUGUUCACGCGUUUUCUCCCUCCCUGAGCAUGACAAGGUGUUGGAGUAACGGUUUUUCUCUGCCCACUUGCAUGAAGUGUGACACCCUCAUUUAUCACCAUUAUUUUAUCAACCAUGGCAAACCAUAAUGUCACAGAGAGAACAGUAUCCAAGGUCAGUCUUACCUGUACUGUUUUUGGUCAUGUAAAGGAGCAGAAACGUUUAGCUGGGUGCUGCCAUCUAGUGGUAGUAAGCUGAAAGUAUAUACUAAUUAAUGAAUGAAAUAUUUAGCAUUCAUCUCUGAAUAGAUUCUAAUUUGAUGAUUCAGUUUGGUCAGUGGCACCCAUCAUGCUGAAGUGCCAUCCUCUACUGUACUUUAUUAUACAUAAAGCUUCAGCCAUCAUCUACAUGUCAGGUAUGACUAACGUCAUGAUGUGUAAGUGCCUGUGGCAUUAUAACUUGCUUUUUCUGUUUGUUUCAAUCGAUGUUUUAAUCAUAAAUGACUUGUGUUUGUGUGUUCAUGAUCAUAUAUCAUUACUGCUGUUGAUACAGCUUCUUGCAUGCUGAUCGCUUCAUCCCUGCCGCUAUUCCCACAACGCACCCCUGCUCUCCCGCUUAGCCCAUACGCCGUGCUUGGUCCUGCUGUCUGCUGACAGGCCACCGCUCUGCCACAUGACUUUGUGCUGUCUGGCGAGCUCACUAACACACUGCAUGAUGCCUGCAUAUAAAUAAUCUUUUACAUUACAGCAGUCUUGUGUGCUACUAACAUGCAACCAGGUUGUUUCACUGUAUUGACACCUGUUUGACAGUAAUGCAUUCACUGGUAAUCAGUGUCUUCCUGGCUGCAUGCAUGCUCUUUGUUUGGUUUUUGGUGAAGGUGCUGUUGAACAUAAUCCUGCUGUCUCCUGGGACCAUAUUUAUUUGUUUCAGUUCACAAUUGCUCUGUACUUGAAGUUUGAAACGGGCUCUUUUUCUUUCCUGCUGGUAGCCACUCUGCAAAGCAGUCUGGGUUUAGUAACACCGGGAAAAAAAAAAAAAAAAAAAAAAAAAAAAGCUAAAUAAGCUUUGAUCCUCUACCCUGUUCCCUCUAUCCUCCUCCCUGCCAGUUGAACCAGUUAACAUCCUCCAGCUCUUUCCCUUCUCGUUUCCUUACCCCCACCCCAUGCAGCCUGCUGCCACUCUGCUUUGCUCUUGCAGCGCUCACUGUGCAAAGCCAGUGUGAAAAUAUUGGGCUGACAUGCUCUGGUCAGCCUCCUCCUCCUCCAUUUUUAACCUUCAUUUUGUCUUCUCUUUAUCUAGCCCUAAAGAAGAAUAAUAUUACUAAAUUUCCCAAUGUCUACUCGAGGGUAAGGAACUCCUCCAGUAGCACCCCUGUAGUGGUGGAUGUGUCCCAA